AUGUUUUAUGCCGACUUCGUUUUAUCGAAGAAGGGCCCACUCUCAAAAGUGUGGCUAGCCGCUCACUGGGAGAAAAAACUCUCGAAGGCUCAAAUCUGUGAAACAGAUGUAAAUGAAGCAGUUAAUGAAAUAAUGAAACCAAAGCAAAAUUUGGCUCUCCGCACAACUGGACACUUGCUAUUGGGAAUUUGCCGUGUAUUCUCCAGAAAAACCAAGUAUCUUCUGGCAGAUACCAAUGAGGCUUUCCUUAAAAUCAAACUAGUCUUUCGUAACGGAGCUUUGGAUCAACCGAAUCCGGUUUUACCAACAUUCAGCAUGCAAGACAUGUAUGGAGAGUUUGGUGACAACAUCCUGCCAGAAUUCGACGACGAAGAGCUCAACCAUGCUCCAAUCUGCCAGAGCCGCAUCGACGACAUCACAAUGAAGGAGGAUCUUCCACAGAACUUUGGAAAUCGUUACGACGAGCAGCUUGAGGAUGACGAUUUCGGAGAGAUGGCUGCGGGUGUCCAACCAGAAGACUAUUACCGCAUGAUGGAGGAUGUCAACAAAGAAUUCGACUUGGAAAUGUCACGUGAAGCUGAGGAAAAACAAGCCAAGACUGAAUCAUCAUUAUUCGGCCGCGAACGUGAACAGACUCCAGCUUUGUGUGAAGCUAGUGCACCAGGAAACACCAUCUUCGGAGACGACGAUUUCUCAGGAAAUGCACACGACGAUCAUGAUCACGAUCACGAUCACGACGAUAUGGACCAUGACGCUCAGGGUUCAUCUGGAUUCAGUGAUAACAAUGCUAUGCACAUUGAAGACAUGGAUUAUGAUAAUGGGCCAAACAUUCCACGUGAUGAGACUCCACUUCGUUCCGAGACUCCAAUGACACCUCGUGCAUCAAGUCCAACUCCCUCUGUGACUCCAUCAGUGGCUCCAUCUGUUGCAUCUACCAGCCAAGUCGAACAAGAUACUGUUGAAUCUUACUAUGAGCGUCAUGCUCAGAAACGAGCCUUGGCUAAAGAGCAAAACAUGAAAAAACGUCGUGUUGAUGACGUCAGAAUGAUUACUGGAGAUGAAAUGAAGUCAAACAUGGCUGAUUACAGUGACCUCCUCAUUCGCCUCGACUUGGCUCCACCAACUCGUAAGCUGACUAUUGCAAAGCGACAGUGUCAUGCUGAUUUCUUGCUCCAUUUCCCUGCAAUGUUCGGAUUUUCUCGAAGCAAGAAUUUCGUCAGAGAUUACCAAAAUUGCCUCACCAUCCGCAGACAUGAUGACAUUGAGCAGAAAAACGAAGCUAUCAAGGCUGCGGUUGGACUAUUGGAAAUUGGGGAGGAAGACUUGCAGCAACAGCAACAAGAAAUGGAUAUGACAACUCAGGAAGAACCUCAGUUUGCUGACGACUUCGACGACGUUGCUCCACUGGAAUUUGACAAUUUCGAGAACAUGAUGGAUAUGCCACAGUCUAUGGAUGAUAUGAGCAUUCCAGACGAUGACGUGCCCCAGCGUAAUCCGUUGUCGCCAUUUGCUGAUAUGACGGAUGAUGAUGACAUGGGUUCGGCAGAGAAGCGAAGGAAACUAAUGGAUGACAAGGAUGAUAUGGAGGGUGAUGAAGACAACCGUUGGUCGAAGAGAACACACGCUCUUCUGCAGUCGAUUUCUGCGAAAUUGGACGCAAAUAAUGGACAGAUCGAGCUUGACGAGAUGUUGAAAAAAGGAGUCAGUCGUAAAGUUGCCGCUGCCAAGUUCUAUUCAAUACUCUGCCUCAAAAAGAAUCAGUGUAUAGAUAUCGAGCAAAAAGAGCCAUACGGAGAAAUCAACAUCAGAGCAGGACCGAAUGUGGACGCUACUGUCAUCUAA